AUGGAAAUGAAGAAGCUCUUAUUUGUUUCCUUAUUCCUUGCUUUAAUUUUCGGAGUAGCCAAGAGCUUUGAUUUCCAAGAAAAAGAUUUGGCAUCGGAUACAAAUAUUUGGGAUUUAUACGAUAGAUGGGGAAGUCACCACACAAUUUCUCGAAGCCCUAACGAGAAGAACAAACGUUUCAACACUUUCAAAUCCAAUGCUAUGCAUGUCCUCAAUACCAAUAAAUUAAAUAAACCUUACAAACUUAAGUUGAAUAAAUUUGCAGACAUGACUAAUGAUGAAUUCAAGAGCUUAUAUGCUAAUUCAAACAUAGAUUGUCAUGGAAAUAUUCGUGCCUCACCACGUGGCAAAGACACUUUCAUGUAUGACAAAGUGAGCAAUGUUCCUUCUUCCGUUGAUUGGAGGAAGAAUGGCGCUGUCACUAAUGUAAAGAAUCAAGGCCAUUGCGGUAGUUGUUGGGCGUUUUCAACUAUUGUAGCUGUGGAAGGUAUUAACCAAAUAAAGACACAAAAACUAGUGUCCCUGUCUGAACAACAACUCGUGGAUUGUGACAUUGAAAAAAAUCGAGGAUGCAAUGGUGGGUUAAUGGAAAAUGCAUUCGAGUUCAUUAAGCAAAAUGGUAUAACAACUGAAAGCAAUUAUCCUUAUGUUGCAAAAGAUGGAACUUGUGAUGUAGCAAAGAAGAAUAAGCCAGCAGUGUCAAUUGAUGGGUAUGAAAAUGUCCCUACGAAUGAUGAAGCUUCAUUACUCAAAGCUGCUGCCAACCAACCUAUAUCUGUAGCUAUUGAUGCUGGAGGAUCUGAUUUUCAGUUAUAUUCAGAGGGAGUAUUUAGUGGAUAUUGUGGCACUCGGCUAAAUCAUGGAGUGGCAAUUGUGGGGUAUGGAGAAACUGAAGAUGGAACAAAAUAUUGGAUAGUGAAGAAUUCUUGGGGAAGCCAAUGGGGAGAAGAAGGUUACAUUAGAAUUCAAAGGGACGUAUCUCAAAAACAAGGUCUAUGUGGUAUAGCAAUGGAUGCUUCUUAUCCAAUCAAAAAAUCAUCUACCAACCCAACAGAACAUUCAUCUUCUAAAGAUGAGCUUUAAAUGCUGCCCAUUAUAUUCUGCCACCUUCCCAUAAGGAUAAUAUAAUAUUUGUAUUUAAUACUACACAUGUGUCUAAGUAUCCUUAGAGGUUUUGUUAU